AUGGUUUCUUCACUUCACGGCGAAGAAGAUAUCUUCGACCGUCUUCAGAACCAGAAGAUUGACCCAAAAGUACUGGAAGAGCGGAAGCAGGCAGUCAAUGAGAGAAUAAGUAACAUCUACCAGAAGGCUCAGACUCGCCUUGCCGAAUUAAUUGACCAGAACUCCACAUUACCAUGCACGAUCUCGUCUGUUCAAGUCCUCAAUGCGCCGAAUACCAGACGAGGCUUUCUCGAGAGGGCUCUUCGGCCGUUGCUGAGCGAAAAUAAAGGCCGCACGCUUACUCUAUCAGAGACUCUGGAAGAAGUAUCUAAAUGCACAAACAGACUAAAUCAGUUCGAUAUAUUCGAGCAACCAAUUAGUAUUUACCUUGACCGACCAUCACAAACCGACCCUAGCACCACUCCCACCGAUCUGAGCGUUUACCUUGCGACUAAAGAAAAAUCUCGACUUCUGCUGAAAACCGGAACCGAUCUUGGAAACGCGGAGGGUUCGGCAUACGGAAACCUCCUCUGGCGGAAUAUUUUCGGUGGUGCAGAGAAUUUGAACUUCAAUGCCUCCCUGGGCACACGCACUAGGUCAUCCUACCAGGCCGUUUUUGAAACCCCGAUUCUGAGUGAUCCCAACUUCCGAUGGGAGACCGGUGCCGUGGCGAGUGAUACGAAGAAGCCGUGGUCAAGCCAUGAAGAGGUAUUGAAGGGCGCCUGGACCAAAAUACGGUGGCUAAACGGCCAAGGUCAUCGACAUGAGAUAGCCCUAAAUGGUUUCUGGCGCCAGGUCACCGGUUUGGCUGCUGAUGCCUCCCCAGCUGUUCGUGAAAAUGCGGGUGAUAGUGUGAAGACAAGCAUCUCACAUCUGUGGGUUAACGACCGCCGAGACAACCCUAUUCUGCCAACAAGGGGAUUCUACACCAAGGCUAUGAAUGAGCUCGCUGGUUGGGGCCCAUUGAAAGGAGACGUAGCUUUCUGGAAGUCGGAAGUGGAGGCCCAGACAGCGACACCGGUUCCUGUUCCAGGCGUCAAGGGAGACUGCGGGAUAAGUUUCUCAUCGAGCUUCCGUGCUGGCCUGCUGUACCCAUUGGGCCUUGACUCGGGCUCGAGACCUCAGAUCUCGAAGAUCAAUGACCGCUUCCAACUUGGUGGACCUACGGACGUUCGUGGCUUCCGACAGUCCGGCCUAGGGCCUCGCGAGGGACCUGACGCGCUUGGUGGUGAUGUUUAUGCCGCAGGAAGCGCCAACCUCUUCCUCCCUCUUCCCCGUGUUGGCGCCGAUAAGCCUUUCCGACUCCAGGCCUUCGUCAACGGCGGCCGUCUGCUUGCUCUGCGGACACCGACCGGCGAAACUCCUACAUCCCACGCUGAGGUGCGGGAGAGCGUCUGCCAUACAAUUACCGAGCUUCAAAAUGGCCUACCAAGUAUCGCAGCUGGAGUAGGACUUGUAUACGCUCAUCCCGCUGCCAGAUUCGAACUGAACUUCUCCCUUCCGCUUGUGGUCAGGAAAGGAGAAGAAGGCAGAAAAGGCCUUCAACUUGGAAUUGGAAUCAGCUUCCUGUAG